CCCACCUCGCACUCGCGGCCAUCUACCCAGCCUCCUACGACAGGAGGCCCUCAUCUUCAAAAUGGCGGCCGAUCGUCUCGCUCGGGUCGUCGCCCGACUCCAAAACCUGCCGGAGAUGUCUCUCCCUACGGACUACCCCAGGCCGACCGGAGGACACAAGGUGGUUGAGGCAGCCGUCACUGCAGAGCUUUCGGAACAGACCUGUAACGGUCUCAUGAAGCUGGCCCUUUACAACGAAAAUGACGAAGACCUCGAGGAGGAAGGUCCGGCGAACAACACUCCCUCCGCAUUCCACCUCCUUCUCUCUGCCUUCUCCGUGCUGCUUCACCGAUACACUGGCGACACAGAUCUCAUCAUUGGCUCUUCAUCUGCUUCAGCACGCGAUCCUCUAGUGCUGCGUAUUGGUGUGGGCCCGGAAGAUCCAUUCUGGGCAGUCGUUCGUAAGGUGCAACAAGUCGAGCAGGAGGCCGAAGCGGACAGUGUGCCCUUCGAGUCAAUCAUUCGCGCGCUCGGAAAGGACAAGGCGGACACCGUCGAAGCCUCUCGUCCCAUCUUCAGAGUCCGUUUCUUCGAUGAAACAGACUCUCCCCAAGAACAAUUCCUCCACUCAACAAGUCUGACUUCAGACAUCACGAUCUUUGUAACAAGACAGCAAGAAUCUAGCCGCUCUUCCAUCGCACCUCAUCUAUCAUUGCGCAUCUUGUACAACUCUUUGCUUUUCACCGCUGCUCGCAUUACCUGCAUUGUCGAUCAGCUCUCCAUCCUACUCCGCAGAGUAGCCUCCAACCCUCUUGCACCUGUCGGCUCUGUACCUCUUCUCACUCCUUCGCAGCGUGCAAAGCUCCCUGACCCCACUGCCGACCUCAACUGGUGCGAUUUCAAGGGCGCUAUUCCCGACAUCUUCUCCCGCAACGCUAGGCAAUGGCCGGAUCGCCAAUGUGUGGUCCAAUGCAUCCCUGCGGCUAGCCUAGACCAGCCCCAGGAGAGGCGCACGUUUACCUACAGCCAGAUCCUGCACGCGUCAAACAUCCUCGCACACCAUUUGAUUCAAGGAGGUGUUCAGCGCGAGGAAGUCGUGAUGGUAUAUGCGUACCGCAGCGUUGACCUCGUCGUGGCUGUCAUGGCCGUGCUCAAGGCUGGCGCAACAUUCUCGGUCAUCGACCCUGCGUACCCGCCAUCCCGACAGACCAUCUACCUCAAGGUGGCCCAGCCUCGCGCGCUUGUCGUCCUCAAGGGCGCGGGCAAGAUCUCCCCUUCCGUUCGGGAGUUCGUCAACACGGAGCUGGAGAUUCGCGUUGAGGUCCCUGCGCUGGAACUGUUGGCGGAUGGCCAGAUUGUUGGCGGCUCGCAUACUGAAGGUUCGGCGGAUGUCCUGGAACCCCAGAAGCACUUGUCUGGCACCGAUCCGGCUGUGCCUCUAGGUCCGGAUAGCGUGGCUACGCUUUCGUUCACGAGCGGCAGCACGGGUAUCCCGAAGGGCGUGAAGGGGAGGCAUUACAGCCUGACGCACUUCUUCCCGUGGAUGGGUCAGCGGUUCGAGAUCGGCGAACACUCGAAGUUCACGAUGUUGAGCGGCAUCGCCCACGACCCCAUCCAACGCGACAUGUUUACCCCGCUGUUCUUCGGCGCGAGUCUGUACGUCCCGACCGCUGACGACAUCGGCACUCCCGGCCGCCUCGCAGAAUGGAUGGCAGACAACGAGGUGACAGUCACCCACUUGACACCCGCUAUGGGCCAGCUUCUCUCCGCACAAGCCACCCGCCAGAUCCCUGCUCUCCGCAACGCGUUCUUCGUCGGCGACGUCCUCACCAAGCGCGACUGCCUCCGUCUCCAAUCACUUGCGGCCAACGUCCGCAUCGUGAACAUGUACGGCACGACUGAGACGCAACGCGCAGUAUCAUACUUCCUCAUCCCCUCCGUGUCCGAGGACGCGACCUUCCUCGCGACACAAAAGGACAUCAUGCCUGCCGGCGAGGGCAUGAUCGACGUCCAGCUCCUCGUCGUCAACCGUAAUGACCGCUCCGUCCCUUGUGCCGUCGGGGAGGUCGGCGAGAUCUAUGUCCGCUCGGGUGGCCUUGCCGAGGGCUACUCGGACUCGCAGGCAACGGCCGAGAAGUUCGUCGCAAACUGGUUCUGCGAGAACGCCCCUGCGCGCGCGGACACGCUUCGCUCGCCCCCCGACGGGUCCGCCCCCGGGCCCGAGGCGCAGUUCUGGAAGGGCGUGCGCGACAGGAUGUACCGCUCUGGCGAUCUUGGGCGCUACCUCCCCGACGGCAUCGUCGAGUGCACGGGCCGUGCGGACGACCAGGUGAAGAUCCGCGGGUUCCGUAUCGAGCUCGGCGAGAUCGACACGCACCUGAGCCAACACCCGCUUGUGCGCGAGAACGUCACACUCGUGCGGCGCGACAAGGACGAGGAGAAGAUUCUUGUCACGUAUUUCGUGCCCAUUGGCGGCCCGGCGCUAGACGAGUACAUGAGUGACGUCGGCGACGAGGGCGACGAGAAGGGCCUUGUGAGCGGUAUGCGCAAGUACAGGCGACUCAUCAAGGAGAUCCGGGAGUACCUCAAGAAGAAGCUGCCGAGCUACAGUGUCCCCACACUGUUCGUCCCCUUGAAGCGCAUGCCCCUCAACCCCAAUGGCAAGAUCGACAAGCCCGCGCUGCCCUUCCCGGACACUGCGCAAGUCGCAGCGCCCGAGCCCACUCGCGGUGGACCCGCCGCCAGUCCCACCGAGGAAGCCAUCCGCGCGAUCUGGGCACGCAUCCUGCCGAACGCGCCUUCGCCGCUCCCGCUUGACGAGAGCUUCUUCGACCUCGGCGGACACUCCAUCCUCGCCACGCGCCUCAUCUUCGAGAUCCGCAAGGCGUUCGUCGUCGACGCCCCUCUCGGGCUCGUCUUCGACAAGCCGACCAUUGCGGAGCUCGCGGACGCGGUCGAUCAUCUGCGUAACGCAGACCUCGGCUUCUCGACCUCCAACAGCCCGUCGUCGCCCACCGCCCCCUCUGUGGCUCACAAGGCCGCAUACAGCGAGGACUACGAGGCGCUUCUCGCACGACUGGACGAGUCGUACCCGUCCGCGCCGUCAGACUACUCCGAGCGCGCACUCACGGUGUUCCUCACGGGCGCGACAGGUUUCUUGGGCGCGUUCAUCCUGCGCGACCUGCUGGAGCGCCCGACGACGCGCGUGAAGAAGGUCGUGUGCCUCGUACGCGCGAAGGACGACGCGACGGCGAUGGAGCGGCUGCGCGAGACGGCGGUCGGGCGCGGGGUGUGGGACGAGAAGUGGGUUGCCGAGGGACGGCUGGAGGUCGUGAGGGGAGACCUGGACCAGGAGCGAUUCGGGCUCGACAGCGCUGCGUGGAUGCGCGUCGCGGGUGAGGCGGACACGAUCAUCCACAACGGUGCCCUGGUGCACUGGGUGUACCCGUACGAGAAGCUGCGGAGCGCAAACGUACUCGGCACGCUGACAGCCGUUGCACUCGCGGCCGCAGGCAAGCCGAAGCUGCUCGUCUUCGUGUCGUCCACGUCCGCGAUGGACACGGAGCACUACGUGCAGCUCUCAGACGCACUGGGCGCCGUCCCCGAGGCGGACGACCUCGAGGGCGCGCGCACCGCGCUCAAGACCGGGUACGGCCAGAGCAAGUGGGUGUCCGAGAAGCUGCUCUUCGAGGCCGGCAAGCGCGGCCUGUCGGGGCACAUCGUGCGCCCCGGAUACGUCGUGGGCGACUCCGCGUCUGCCGUGACGAACACGGACGACUUCCUCUGGCGCCUCGUCAAGGGCUGCAUCCAGCUCGGGCUCGUGCCCGACAUCAACAACACCGUGAACAUGGUCCCCGUCGACCACGUCGCGCGCUGCUGCGCCGCCGCCGCCGUCUCGCCCCUCCCCGCCCCUGCCUCCUCGCAAAGCGUGCUGCACGUCGCCGCGGCCCCGCGGCCCACGUUCAACGCGUUCCUCGGCGCGCUGCCCGCGUACGGCUUCCGCGCGGCGCAGGCGGAGUACGUCGUGUGGCGGCGGCAGCUCGAGCGGCACGUGCUCGAGGUGCAGGACAACGCGCUGUUCCCGCUGCUGCACUUUGUGCUGGACGACCUGCCGACGAGCACGAAGGCCCCGGAGCUGGAUGAUGCGCGCAUGCGCGCGGUGUUGGAGCGGGACGGGGCAAGGACGAGCGGGACGGUGGAUGAGGCGCUGAUGGGGAAGUAUUUGGCGUGGCUGGUGGGCGCGGGCUUCUUGCUGCCGCCGGAGGGGGAGGGGAAGGAAAGGUUGCCGGCGUUGGCGGAGGGGGGCGCGGUGAAGGCGGUUGGGAGGAGCAGCGGGAACUAGACUCACCUUGGUUGUGGGUGCAAAAUGCAUGGCAGCGUACGGUAGAGAGCGGUGAAUCAGUGAAAGAAGUAUUGUAUGUACCAUCAUUACGGGGAGGUGCAGCGGUCGAGACUUCGCGCACUCAUAUUUUCUGCAUGCUAGUUCUCCCUUACUGGUGCGCGGCGCGCGGUCUUGCCGUACUGCAACGGCCGGAACUUGU